AGCUAGGGUUUGAGUAGACAACAGACCGCGGAGCAGCACCACCGGCAACGGCCGAACAUCUCAGGGAGUAGAGUUUCAGCAAACAACCGCCAACAUGGCUAGAGGGUUGAAGAAGCAUUUGAAGAGGCUAAAUGCCCCAAAACAUUGGAUGCUGGACAAGUUGGGUGGGGCAUUUGCUCCUAAACCUUCUUCUGGGCCACACAAAUCCAGGGAGUGCUUGCCAUUGGUGCUUAUCAUUCGAAACAGGUUGAAGUAUGCCCUUACCUAUCGUGAAGUCAUUUCAAUUUUAAUGCAGCGACAUGUUUUGGUUGAUGGUAAGGUCAGGACAGACAAGACUUACCCUGCUGGUUUCAUGGAUGUUAUAUCAAUUCCAAAGACAAAUGAGAACUUCCGCCUCCUCUAUGAUACCAAAGGGCGAUUCCGACUUCACUCAAUCAGGGACGAGGAGGCUAAGUUUAAGCUUUGCAAAGUCCGCUCUGUCCAGUUUGGAAAGAAGGGAAUUCCAUUCAUCAACACCUAUGAUGGUAGAACCAUCCGCUACCCUGAUCCUCUCAUCAAGGCUAAUGACACAGUAAAGCUGGACCUGGAGAGCAACAAGGUUGUUGACUUCAUCAAGUUUGACGUGGGGAAUGUUGUUAUGGUCACUGGUGGAAGAAACAGGGGACGUGUUGGUGUCCUCAAGAAUAGGGAGAAGCAUAAGGGAAGCUUCGAGACUGUUCACAUCCAGGAUGCCACUGGGCAUGAGUUUGCUACUCGUUUGGGGAAUGUGUACACUAUUGGAAAAGGCACCAAGCCAUGGGUUUCUCUUCCCAAGGGUAAGGGUAUCAAGCUCUCCAUCAUCGAAGAGGCAAAGAAGAGGCUUGCUGCUCAGUCUGCAAUCACUGCUUAAAUGCACUGUAGGCUUUCUUCCAAUACCCCAUAUCUGCUUUGAAGUAAUUAGAGUUUGAUAGAAUUUUGUUUUGCAGGUUGAACUAAUUUUACUUUUUGUUAGCAAUAGAUUUAUUAUUUUAAUGUGUAAUUCUGUCCUGUUUUCCGAAUUCCUAUUACUCAGUUGCAUACUUUUUUCCUGAGAUGGAAAUUGACUGUUGGAAGCUCUACUCCUUUUAUCUCAAUUCCUUAUUUUGGCUGUG